AUGGGCGGGAUUGGGAGGAAUCUGAAGCGGAAGGCGGAGGCGUUUGGGAUGAAAGUGGUAUAUCACAAUCGCAGGCGGUUAGAGAACGGGCUGGAGGACGGGGCGGAGUAUGUUGAGUCACUGGAGGGGUUGUUGAAGGUCGCGGACGUGGUGAGUUUGAAUCUCCCGUUGAACGCGAAUACGAGGCAUACGAUCUCGACGGCGCAGUUUGGCGUGAUGAAGAAGAGCGCGAUACUGAUUAACACGGCGAGGGGCGCGGUCGUGGAUGAGGACGCGUUGGUAAAGGCAUUGGAUGAGGGGACGAUUGCGGGUGCUGGGCUGGACGUGUAUGAGGACGAGCCGGUGGUGAGGGAAGGGCUGUUGAGGAAUGAGCGGGUGUUGUUGCUGCCGCAUGUGGGGACGUAUACGUGGGAGACGAUGUAUAGGAUGGAGGCGUGGGCGAUUGAGAACGUGAGGGUGGGCGUGGAGGAGGGGAGGUUGGUGAGUCCUAUACCGGAGCAUAAGGAUCUCAGUCUCGGGUCGUGA